ACCCUACUCCUGUAAACCUCCCAAACGCUUCGUCCGUUUGCAAUUCUCUCCUCUUAACACUCGCACACAGGGAGAGUGACUGUAUAAUCACCAUGAAAAUCAAGAAGUCAUUAACGAAUUAGCCUUCUUCUUUCUGUUCUUAUUUCUAAUUUUGUGAGAUGUCGAACAAGCAAUCUCGUGGUAAGCAGCAAAUUCCUCGGAAGAAAUGUAAUGAAAAGAAUAUUAAGGUUGCCGCCAAUUCGAAUGUUCGUAAGAAGAGAAAGCAGCCGCAACAGCUGAAUUCGAAAUCUGGUUUACGCUUGGUGGACGAUUUGUUACCUCCUGAUUAUAUUUUGAGGAAAGUGUUCAGGAAAGAUGGGCCUCCCCUCGGCGUGGAGUUUGAUAAUCUUCCUUCUCAUGCUUUUCGAUUCUGUAAUGUCAAAGAUUCAGGGAUGUCACAUCGUGCUUGCCAAGAAAAACAAAGAGCAUUUAAAAGGCAAAAGACUUUGAAGCCUACCAAUGUUGAGGACCAAACUACCCCUCUUGAUAGUGCUCCAGUUAAACAUGGUAUGGGAAAAGGUUUGAUGACGGUAUGGCGACUUACAAACCAGGAGACUAAUCCAGUGAAGAAACAUGGUGUUGGAAAAGGCUUGAUGACAAUUCAGAGGUUAAUAAAUCCUGGUUCUGGAAACCUUCCAACAUGUGUUGACAAUGGUCAUGGAGCUUGUUCUCAGUUUCCACCUUUUACAUCACAAAAACCACCUAUUCAAUUGAAAAAGAAGUCAAGAAAACAACAACCUGUCACGAGGAGGCUAGCGAACAAGUUACAAGAGAAGAAGUCUUCAACCAGAAGUAGAAAGGUGAGAUGUGAACAAGUUAGUAAGGAAAAGCAACAAGGGAGAGAAAUAUGUGAAAUUGCUCUGAAUGAAGGGAGAAAUGAAGAAGACCCAAGUCAAUAUGCUAUGCUAGAAGAUGAUGAGGAGCUGGAACUAAGAGAACUACAAGCAACAUCAAAUCCAUUAACAUGUUGUGCUCAUUGUUCAGCAAAUAGGUUGCAUGGUUGUUCCCUUUGCAAAGAUUUACUGGCAAAGUUCCCUCCAAACUCUAUAAGAAUGAAGCAACCAUUACAUGUCCAACCAUGGGAUUCUUCUCCACUACUUGUCAAAAAACUUUUCAAGAUAUUUCACUUUAUAAGCACUUAUGCUGUAAUAAUCGGUAUCCAGUCCUUCACGCUUGAUGAGCUGGCGCAAGCAUUUGUAGACAAGGAUUCCUUGUUACUUGGGAAACUUAAUGUAGCCCUUCUGAAACUGCUUCUCACUGGUGUUGAAAAGGAACUAGAAAGUGGAUAUCUAUCUCAUAUCAUCAAAAACUGGAAGUAUCGUGGAUUGCUUCAGUCAGUUGAACAUCAAGAAUCUGUUCUGAAACUAUGGAAAAGAUCCUUAAAUUCGCUGACAUGGAUAGAGAUACUACGCCAGGUGUUAGUUUCAGCUGGCUUUGGUUCAAAACGUGACAUGUCAUCCAAGGAACCUCUCAAUAAGGAAGCUGCUCUGAUGGCUAGUUAUGGCUUAAGCCCAGGUACUCUGAAGGGUGAAAUAUUCACAAUAUUAUCAUCAAAAGGAAAUAAUGGGAUGAAAAUUUCCGAAUUGGCUACAUUUCCAUCAAUCAUCGGAUUGAAGCUUGCAACCACGAGUGAUGACAUUGAGCAAUUGAUAAGCUCAAUGUUGUCAAGUGACAUCACCUUAUUUGAGAAAAUCUCUUCUUCUGCUUAUCGUGUUCGUAGCAACUCCAUUGUUAAGGAUACUGAAGAUGACCAAUCUGACCUUGAAGACUGUGGUAGUGUUGAUGAUAAUCCGAAUGAUUCAGGGGCAUUAAUGUCAAGUGAAAAUGGACAAAAGAACAUUAAAAGCAAAGACAACAUUUUAACUGUAACUUCUGAAAUCGAUGAGAGUCAUCCUGGAGAAAUGUGGUUGUCUGGACUGAUGGAAGGUGAAUAUUCAGAUUUAAAUAUUGAAGAGAAAUUGAAUGCUCUUUUGGCUCUGAUUGAUCUAUUAAAAGCAGGUUCCAGUAUAAGAAUAGAGGAACCUGUGUCAUCAUCAUCAUCAUCAUCAUUAUCGGGUGUUCAGUGUGUUCCUCCCAAUGGUUAUCAUAUUGGUUCUGGAGCAAAAAUAAAGAGAUCAACAUCAAAGCAACUUGAGAACGAGUUCAAUCAGCUGAUUCAUAGUGAGAAAGAUGAAAUGCAAGAUAUGCAACCUGUUGAUUCAUCAGCAAUUAUCUCAUUAAUCCAAAAUGCAACAGAAAUAGAAGUUAUAAAUGAUUUACAUCCUAUGCAAUCGAUAUUUUUGGGAUCUGAUAGAAGGUAUAAUCGAUACUGGCUUUUCGUGGGCCCGUGUACCACAUGUGAUCCAGGCCACAAAAGGAUUUACUUUGAAUCAUCUGAAGAUGGUCAUUGGGAGGUUAUCGAAACAGAAGAGGCAUUAGCCAACUUGUUAUCAUGUUUGGAUCAAAGGGGAAGACGAGAAGGUCAUCUUCUUUCAUCUUUGGAGAAACGGGCAGCUCUUCUUUAUGAAUCCAUGUCAAGUGAUGCAAGAGUCGGGCACGGGCAGCCUGCCCUUUCGUCUGAAUCUGAAAGGAGUAUUUCCCGAGACGACAGCUCAUCUGCUGUGUCUGACGUGGACAACCUACUGGGCGUCCUAAAUAUAGAUAAUAAUAAUCUUGUUUCCACUAGCACUGUUGGAAACAGGGAACAAGCUAAACAGAAAUGGUGUCGCCUUCAACAGUUUGAUGUUUGGUUAUGGGAUUCGUUUCAUUCUGUUCUUAAUGCUGUGAAACAUGGAAAAAAAUCGUUUCUUGAUUCGCUUGCGAGGUGUGAAAGGUGUCAUGAUUUGUUUUGGAGAGAUGAGAAACAUUGUAGGAUUUGUCAUACGACGUUUGAGGUUGAUUUUGAUUUGGAAGAAAGAUACGCGAUUCAUGCUGCCACGUGUCGGGAUGAGUCAGCACCCGAUAUGUUUCCGAAACAUAAAGUGUUGUCAUCACAGUUACAGUCACUCAAGGCUGCAGCAUACACACUUGAGUCAUGUAUGCCUGAGGGUGCAAUGGUGGGUGCUUGGACGAAAUGUGCUCAUAAUCUAUGGGUGAAGCGGUUAAGACGAACUUCAACUCUGGUGGAGUUGCUACAGGUUCUUGGUGAUUUUGUUGGUGCGAUCAAUAAGGGGUGGUUGUAUGGAAGUGAUGGGGAUAAUGUUAUUACAAGUUUUGGAUGUAUGCCACAAACAUCAUCUGCGGUUGCAUUGUGGCUGGUGAAAUUGGAUUUGUUAAUUGCUCCUCAUUUACAAAAUGUUGAAGCUGAAAAGACUACUACAAGAAAUAGAUCAAAAGGUAAAGACAUAGACACUCUAGUGAAGUAGAUAUUCUAUUCUAUGUGAUGAGUAAGAAUGUAUGUAUACGAAAUGCAAAAAUCACCAUUAGAUUUGAACAUGAAAAAACGAUAAUUAUAAUGGUGUAAGGACUGGUAGAUGCAUGAGUUGGGUUCCAUUUUUGGUGAUUACUUGGGAGGGAGUUAGUGGAGAUGAUAGAAAGAAAUAUGUUUGUACAGGGAGAAGGGAAAUAGACGGUGGUUAAAUCUUGAACUACUUUUACAGCUUUAGGUACCUUAUAAUAAUACUACUGGUGCUCCUGAAGUCUUUCUUUGACUUUUUACCAGAGAAAAUGUAUUUACAUUUUACAUUUCUUCAUUCCUUAUAGAGAUGUAUGCUGUAGUUUCUUGAGAACACCUACUUUUUGUUCUAUUAACAAAAUUUGCAACUGGCCCAAUAA